AUGGCUUCUCUCAGAGUAUCCUCGCGCUUUGCCCGUGCUGCAUUUGGCGCAGCAAAGACGAACUCUGUCCGCACAUUUGCAGUCUCUACCCGUCAGCACAAAGCUACCAAGUCCGACCUUGAUCAAUUGAAGAACCCUCCCAAGGGUAACCCUAUUGUCUCUGGUCGCGGUGCUCCUGAACCACCUUCUGAUGAGUCUGCCAGUUUGAAGGACAACUACAGUGCUGCUUCAUACUUGGGAACGACCAAGAGAUUGCCAGAAUUUGCGCUCAACGACAAGGUGGUUUUGGUCACUGGUGCCGCACGUGGACUGGGAUUGGUGCAGGCUGAGGCUCUGCUCGAGGCCGGCGCAACCGUGUAUGCUUUGGACCGCCUUCCUGAACCUAGCGAGGACUUUUACCGAAUCCAAAGACGAGCAGCUGAGGAGCUCGGCACCACUUUCCACUACCGCCAGAUUGAUGUUCGCGACGUGCCACAAUUGAACGAAAUCAUCGAAGAUAUCUCAAACAAGGAGGGCCGCAUGGAUGGACUCGUUGCUGCAGCAGGCAUCCAGCAAGAGACAACAGCGCUCGAGUACACAGCCAAGGAUGCGAACACCAUGUUCGAGGUCAACGUGACAGGAGUGUUCAUGACAGCACAGGCAGUUGCCAAGCAGAUGAUUAAGCAUGGAAACGGUGGAUCCAUGGCCUUUAUCGCUUCAAUGUCGGGAACUGUUGCCAACAGGGGAUUGAUAUGCGCGGCGUACAACUCGAGCAAGGCAGCGGUCAUUCAGUUGUCAAGAAACCUGGCGAGCGAAUGGGGCCAGCACGGAAUUCGCGUCAACACCAUCUCUCCAGGAUACAUUGUCACGGCCAUGGUGGAAGCUCUGUUUGUCAAGUACCCCGAAAGACGUCGCGAGUGGCCAACACAGAACAUGCUGGGCAAGUUGAGCAAGCCUGAAGAGUACCGUGGAGCAGCCGUUUUCCUGAUCAGCGAUGCCAGUUCGUUCAUGACGGGCAGCGAUAUGCGUAUUGAUGGUGGACACUGUGCAUGGUAG